AUGUCCUGCCAGCAGAACCAGCAGCAGUGCCAGCCCCCUCCCAAGUGCACCCCCAAGUGCCCUCCCAAGUGCCCCACCCCAAAGUGCCCCCCAAAGUGUCCCCCCAAGUGCCCUCCAGUCUCCUCCUGCUGCAGUGUCAGCUCUGGGUGUGGGAGCUGCUGCAGCUCUGGAGGUGGUGGCUGCUGUGGCCACAGCUCUGGGGGUGGUGGCUGCUGCCUGAGCCACCACAAGCCCCACAGGUCCCAUCGCCUCAGACACAGGAGGUCUGACUGCUGCAGCCAGCCCUCUGGGGGCUCCAGCUGCUGUGGAGGUGGCUCUAGCUGCUGUGGAGGUGGCUCCAGCUGCUGUGGAGGAGACAGUGGUCAGUCCUCUGGAGGCUGCUGCUGCUGA